CGUACAUCGUCCACUCCACACAAACACACACACGCGCGCGCGCACACACUCGCGCGCGCGCACACACACACACAGAGACGCACAGACACAUAGACACACACAGUGACCCUGCUGAAAGCGUGAAGGCGGCGAAGAAGGAGAGCGAGUGUUUACAGCACCAUGCUCGACUGACUGAUCGUCGAAGCUCACAAAUCGAUGGAUUGGUUUUGAAAUCGUUUUCGUGAAAACAAGAAGUAGAAGAGGAAAAAGAAAACAAAAGAAGAAAUCUGCUUCUGUGGAGGUUUGUGGAGAGCGCGCGCUGUGCGGAGAGCGAGUGACAGAGCAAGAAAGGGAAAGAGAGAGAGGUAGAGAGGGAGGGAGGGAGGCAGAAAGACAGUGUUUCUUCAAUAUGGAACUUACAAUGGAGAACAUCGGCAACAUGCAUGGCGUCUCGCACUCGCAAGCGGGAGAACUGAUGAACGCCUCGCACGCGAGACCGUCGUCAUCAGCGUCCCACCGGAACCUGGUGUCGCACGGGCGCUCGGCGAUGGUCUCCAGCAUGGCUUCUAUCCUGGAGGGCACCGCCGGCGAGUACCGGCCCGAGCCAGCACUAUCGGGCCACCUGCACCCAGCGAUGAGCAUGUGUGAGUCGGGCAUGAGUCUGUCCAACACGUACACGACGCUCACUCCGCUCCAGCAUCUGCCCCCGAUCUCGACCGUGUCGGACAAGUUUCACCACCCGCACCCGCACGCGCACCACCACGCCGCGCACCAGCGCCUCGCCACGGGCAACGUGAGCGGAAGCUUCACGCUCAUGCGAGAUGACCGCGGCCUGGCCUCCGUCAGCAACCUGUACGGACACUAUCCUAAAGACAUGUCCGCCAUGGCGCCUCCCCUGUCGCCGCUGUCCAACGGUCUCGGCUCUCUGCACAACUCUCAGCAGGCUCUGUCCGCAUACGGGCCGAGCGCGCACCUCGCCAACGACAAGAUGCUCUCCGGCGGCUUCGACUCCCAUGCGGCGAUGCUCUCGCGCAGCGAGGAGCACAUAGCCCGCAGCCUGGGGGGCCACGGACAUGGCAUGAUCUCCAACCUGAACGGCAUGCACCCGCACGGACACCUGCACUCGCAGGCCAACGGAUCCAUGCUGGCCGAGCGCGAGAGACACGCGGCCGCGGGCGGGCAUGGCGUCGGCGGGAGCGGUGGCGGCUCGGGCCAAGUGGAGGAGAUCAACACGAAGGAAGUGGCUCAGCGCAUCACGGCCGAGCUGAAGCGCUACAGCAUCCCGCAGGCCAUUUUCGCGCAGAGGAUCUUGUGCCGCUCGCAGGGCACCCUGUCGGACCUGCUGCGCAACCCGAAGCCCUGGAGUAAGCUGAAGUCCGGUCGCGAGACCUUCCGGAGGAUGUGGAAGUGGUUACAGGAGCCCGAGUUUCAGAGGAUGUCCGCGCUCAGGUUGGCCGCCUGCAAAAGGAAGGAGCAGGAGCAGCACAAAGACCGCAACCUGGCGCCCAAGAAGCAGCGGCUGGUCUUCACCGACCUGCAGCGGCGCACGCUCAUCGCCAUCUUCAAGGAGAACAAGCGGCCCAGCAAAGAGAUGCAGAUCACCAUUUCGCAACAGCUCGGACUGGAGCUCUCAACCGUGAGCAACUUCUUCAUGAACGCCCGCCGUCGCUGCGUGGACCGCUGGCACGAAGAACCCAGCACCAGCCCUGGGCAGCCUGGCACCUCAGCCACCACCUUCUCCAAGGCUUGAACACCCAUCCAAACUCAUACACUGAAACCUGCUCGGCUGGGCAUGGCUGAUACUGGAUGCCCUGGUUGUUGGACACCAGACGCCCGUGACUGAUGAUAGGAGUGUCUGCGGGCACUGUCUUUAGCUUGUGUGGUUUUAUUUUAGAUUCUGAAAUUCACUUUAGGAUGCAAUGAAUGGAAGUUUUAUUUUCGAUGACAUUUCUCGCUUUCAUGUCAUUUGCUCAAGAAGGCCUAAGGCCUGGUCUGAGGGGAGGCUUGAUAUUUAAGCCUUAAGCCUUCAGUUCUCUUUGCCCUUCAUUUUUUUUAGAGUUGCACCAGGUGAACCAGGAUUUGUUUUUGUCUCUUUACUAGGUAGUAACAAAUAAGGGAGAGAUGGCAAUAAGUGUCCUGGCGCGUGCCCCUAUAGUUCUCUGUGGUCUGUCAGUUGUUCUGCUCAAAAUCUUGAAUCAUAUUCUUUUUUUUGUACAAAUUUGAUCUUUGAUAAUCAGAGUCGUGGUGACUGGCUGUGAGAAUUUACACGAAAAUGGAGCUGUGCGCGUUACAAUCAUGCCUCAGACGCGCCACUCGUCUAAAUUCUCUGGCCACGUUUCCUGCCCCGAUUUUCUCGAUCGCGUCUCGGUUUUGUUCACUGCCAGCGUGGCGCCGUGCUCUUGCUUCAGCACAACGACAAAAGGGAUGGGGAAAGAAUCAAUCAGUCCUCUGAGCCGGCGCCUACAGAAUCAUUUUUUCACGCCAAGGGGCCGGACAGAGCGCUCCUCAUGCACAGAGCAACGGCGCCACCUCCUGGACAUCAGCCAACAUUCACCUCCGAGCUUUAUUUUCCUGCAGUCCUGCAGUCUGAUAGUCUCACCAGUGUUAUGGGGGCCAACCAAAGCUUCACAACGCCCAAAUGCCAAAUAAUCUCUUUUGCUGUUGUUUUUUUUUUCUUUUGCAUGAGUUUUUUUUUGAUAUUUGUAUCCAAAGGAUUUUUUCCUCUUUGAUUUACCAAAGAUAAAAAAGAAGAAACAAUCAUGAAUCAGAGGGAGUAGGGUAGAGUUCAGCUGCUGCUUGCUUUCUCCUGUGCAUGGAGGAAGGCAGUGUCUAGUGGCCAAACGUGAAGGUAAAAUGUCACUGUAUGAUUGAGUGCCAAUGACAGAUGCCUUAAUGAUAAUCACGGAGGAUGGCGUGGCUCCGAGCCGCUCCAUCCCCCCCAAAAAACCCCUCUCGUCCCUCCCUCCAGUCUCUAAAGUAACAGAGGAACCGACAAAUCAUGCAAAGCCGCUCAUGCUCAACAUGAAAAUGUGUUGAAAUAACGUCACAAGGUUAAAACCAUACCAAAAAUAUGAAAAUGUAAAUAUUUUCUCUUCUUUCUGUCUUUCUUCCUCCUUUUUCCUACCCCACUCCCCAACCUCCUUUUCACCCCACCUGUCUUCUUCUUUCUCUCUUUUCCUCUAUAAUAAUGAUGCGGGUAUUUAGUACCAUAGACACAAAGUUUCUAUUAAAUGUAACUCUUUGUGCUCUGUUGUGCAUAAACUACAAGUGAAGAAGCACCUUGUUAACGAAGUUGCGGAACAAACAAACUCUGAGAAAGACAAACUGGAGGAAUCAGAGACAGAAAAAAGGGUUGUUGUGUAUACCGGAACAGGACAAUGUUUGUGAUAAAAUGGACUCCUGAAACUGGAGCGACCUCUGAACUUCAACCUCUCUGAGAUCAGAUCUGUAAUGGCGCCGUGGUCGCUGAAGGAUUGUUUUGGCGUGAAAACUGCACGCCAUCAGGCUGGAUGCUGGAUUAUAUUGAGAUUCCCAGUGGCUGUCAUCAACAGACCUGAAAUUAGAGUGUGAAUGUGUGGAAAGGCCAAAGUUAUAUUUGUAGCAUCAAACCGGAAAGCGAGAAAGUUCACACACACAUACACACACACAGAAAAAAAAUCAAGUGAUCAGUGAUUAGUGACCAAGUCCAGAGCCAGCUAGAGCCAGAGAGGUUCAGAGGUUUUCUUUUUUUAAAGCAAGGUUCUUAAACAAUGUUGUUUCAAAGUCAAAAUGUGAAAAAAAAAAAAAUCUAAACAUACACACAUCGUUUGUAGUGAGAACCAGUGCGGCUACCUCACAGAAUAAUAGUGGCACAUGGGACACAGCCACUGAUACCAAAGAUAUUUCAGCCUGCCAGUUCUACCAAACCACACUCAUUAUUGCCGUACUCCAUUUCUAUGUGUCAUUCUACACACACGCACACACACACACACACACACACACACACACACACACACAACUACAUAAUAUAAAUGUAGCGACAAACAAUUUUUCCUUGUUAUUACAAUAGCACACAAACAGAAUCAUACACACACAUGCACACACACACACACACCACACACACACAGAGCAGUCAGACUGCAUUAUGCCACGGUGAAGGAGGUGGCUCCUAUGCAGUAUACGUUGAGUGCCUUUUUCCUUCAACCACGGGUGGGAUUGCUCUGGACACAUACACAUACACACACACACACACACACACACACAUGCACACACACACACACACACACACACACACACACGCACACACACACACACACACAUAAACAUAUAGCAUAAUUCUUGUGUCCUAUUAGGCCUAUUAGAGGCCUCACUUUCCAUUCUGAUAAAGAAGCACUUUGUUUUAGUAGGAAAUGUUAACUUUUUGCUGUAUUUAUUUCAUAAUUUAUUUAUUUAUUUACAUAUGUAUGUAUGUAUGUAUGUAUGUAUUUAUUUAUUUAAAUGGGUGCUUUUUCUUACCAUCCAAAUAGUGUUUGGAUCACUGAGGAGCGAUUUGCUAAGUGUGCAGUGUGAUUUUGCUCCUGAUGCACCAAUGGAGCACACACACACACUCCCAACAGAGCUAUUUUUGUGUGUCUUACAGUAUUCCGGGAGUGUGUAUAUGUGUGCUGGUGGUGCUGUGAUCAAUUUAAUCAUAUGCCUUUUUUUUUUUAAAAUCACAAUCAUUAGCAUCUGGCCAAAUCCCAUCCAAUUACUGAUUAAUUCUCCGCCAAUCACGUGUCCUUCGGCUGGUGGUACAACCUGGCAGGCAUGUGUUGACAAUGAAAAUUCUGAUAUACCUCAAAAGCUUUAAUGUAAAGGCUAUGUAAUGAAACAAUAACAAGGAUAGUACUGAUACCUAAAGAUGAUGAAUAUUGCUAAAUAAUAGUUUUGGAAAUAUUGUGACUUGAAGCUUUAUACUGUUCUGUAAUCUCUUUUUCGCUUUGCCAUCUUUGAUUUGGGUUUUAUACCAGUAGCAUGCUCCCUGAACUUCCACCCAUUUUUUUUUUUUUUUUUUUUAGUUGAAGGCAAGACUUCCUGAAUGUUAGACCUGUAAAUGUGUUACAGAGUUACCUUUUCAUGUCAGAUAGAGCCUGGACGAAAUGAAUACAUUUAAAUGAUACAAAAUAGAAAAGUUUUAGGUUUUAGGGUACGGGGAAGAAGGGAGCGUAGGUUGAAAGCAGAAUAAAGCGUGAAAUGUGAAAUGAUUCAUGGAGCAAAACCAUCACUGAGAUGUUAUGAGCAAAUCUGAUUUUGUUUUUAGAUUUUUGGUUGUAAUUUAUUUUUGAAUUCAUAUACGCAAUUGCAUUUCUGUUUAGAUAAUGUUACUUGUGUGUUGUUCCAGUGAUUCUGAUAUUUAAAAAAAAAGAAAGAAAGAAAAAAAAAAAGAAAUCCAGAAACAGCAGCUCUGUUGUUAGGGAGAUGCAGACCAUUCUUUUAUGCAUGGAUAUUAAACUAAGUGUGUAGAAAAACUGCAGGAUUAUUCGUCCGUCUUGGCCAAGGAGAGGGGGAGGAAUGACGUCACAUCAAACGGGGUGGGAUAGAUGUCCAACAAAAUGGAUUCAAAGGCCAUCUGAGUUUUAUUUCCUGUGCAUUUCUGUUGUUGCUUUGCUUUUUUCUCUUGUUGAAACGCAUGCAUUGUAUUCUCUCCUCUCCUCUUCUCCGCCUCUCCUUACGUUGCAUUUAAACUGUAUAUAUGAAUUGAAACGCUAAAGGUUAUGGAGGGUCUCGGUCGCCCAGCUCUCUGUACAGCGUCGCACUGUUUUUUUUUCCCACUCUGCAUUCCUGCUUUUAUGAUUUACUCUGUUGUCUAUUGACCCCAUAGUCUGUGCGCCAGGCGGCCGGCCCCCUCCUACCCGCCGUUGUCAUCGUCUUGAGUCGGAGUGGAGCGUUGGAGGGCGUUUUUCGAAGCCCCCAGUGGCCAUGUUUCUCUCCCUCCUCUGGUCCCCGAAAAUCAAUCAGAAAACAAGUGUCUUUGUGAUGGUAGAAGACAAUCAAUUUCCAAUGAGGAGGAGAGAGAAAGACAGGAACCAAAAAAGAAAGAAAUUAGAAGAAAGAAAGCUCGGAAAAGAAAAGGUAGAGUCGCUGCCAAGCGGCCGAGAAUUAAAGACCGGGAGAGAUCCUCAGAGAGAUGACAGAGUUCUCCUCCAAACACUGACCUUUAAAUCCAAUAAAAAUCACAACAUUCGGUUUUUAGGGACUGCUCCGAAUCACCUCUGUAGCCUCUGAUUCACAUAUACUGGGUCUGUCCACACUAAUCAUUUAUUAAAGGUUUCAAAGUAAGUGCUGAUCUAGAGUUCUCAUUUUAUUUCAGUGAGUGUGAUUACACUGAUCAGCAAUCUUAGUCUGAGACUUUUAAUAAAUAUGAGCCAUUAAUACACAACUCUCGCCAUGACAUUUCCCUUCACACUAAUAUUCAUCAAGACCUCCCACUUUCCCAAACAAACAGGAUUAUACUCUCAUCUGACAAUGAAACGUUGGUCCAUAUUGAUCUGAUUUACACAAACAUCUUCGGUAGAUGUGAAAUAAGUGAAUAACACUACAAAAUUCAGCCUUUUAACCCUUUAAUGCACUGUACAUAUGUAACCAUUUCCUCAUAGGUAAAACGGUCUAAUUAGAGUAUGUCCUUUAAAUGAUUUGUAAAUUUAGGCUACACAACAUCCACUGAAAAGAAAAGUCACAUGAACUUCACAUGUGAAUAAUCAGAUGAUUCACAUGGGAUAUUUACACUUGUGAUUUUCAGACACUUAACGUUCUGUUUCACACGUUUUUCACAUAGUGAAUUUUUCACUUGAAGUCAAUGUUUUGCGUUUUUCUCAUCUGAUUUUUACAUGAUUCAUUUCUUUCCACGUAUGUUUUUUUUACACACUUCAUUUAUUUUCACAUGAUUUUUACACGUUUUAUUUAUUUUCUCAUGUGAUUUUUACACACUUUCUUUCCAUGUGCGAUUUUUUACAUGAUUCAUUUAUUUUCAUGUGAUUUUUUUACACAAUUAAUUUUUUACAUGUUUUUUAACAUUAUUUAUUUCCACAUGUGAUUUUUACACAAUUUGUUUUCAUAUGUGAUUUUUAAAUGAUUCAUUCACUCACCCUUGUGAUUUCUAAGAGAUUCAUUUUUCACAGCCAAUUUUUACACAGUUAAUUGCAUUCUAUAUGUGAUUUUCACAUGAUCAAUUUAUUAUCACAUGAUUUUUUACACAAUUCAUUUCUUUCCAUAUGUGAUUUUUACACUCAAUCCAUUUAUUUUCAUAUUCAAUUAUCCAAAUUUUCAUAUGCGGUUUCAUUUUUCAGAUGUUUCACAUCUUAAUGUCUCAUGUGAAUAACUUUUUCACAUUUGUUCACAUAUUAUUAUGAUCACAUGGGAAACGUAUGUGAUUUUUCUGUAAGGGUAACUAAGGCUACAAGAGCGUACACUACAGCUUCCCAUCCUAGUGACACGCAAGGUACAGUGUCAUUUUUAACAAGUGUGCUAUAAAGUGUGUGGUGUAUGGAGAAGAGACUGAGGAGUGAAAAAUCAUUUUUGCACAGAGAGCUAUGCAAACUCCCCCCACCCUUUUUCUCUUUCUCUCAUGCUCACACCCUACACCCAUCCAUCCCAUUCCUUCCUCUGUCCAUCCAUAGUAUUCCUCAACAUCAUCUCACACUCAGGGUAUUGGGAUUAAAUGCCUGGAGGAACAAUCACAGCACAGUGCAUUAUCACAGGAAUUCACUCAUGGCCGUCACGCUGUUUCCAUAUGGGAUGGAAUAUCAGCUUUAUUUUUCAAAGAAGUGCCUAUGCUACAUGCACCAACACUCAUCCACCCUAUCAGGUUUCUCUCUGUUUCUCACACUAGGUGGCACUGUAGGCAAGGAAUUAUGACCCAUAUGUGGAGCUCAGACCAUACACAAUCUAAUAUGACUCAAACAUGCUUCUAGAGUCCUAAUAGUUACAGCACUGGAAUUGGCAUUGUAAGUUUCCGGAUUAUGAAGAAAGUUGCAAAACAAAGAAAGGCAGAAAUUUUGAAAGAGACAGAGACUUGUAGAGAGAACGAUGAGACAAGUAAGACAGUCAGACACAUGAUCUUUGCACUUCGUGAUCUGCACUAUGAGAGUGCCUGUGGGAACCAAAGAUUGUAGGACUGACAAUCUAAACUGACCUAUCAAACUCUCCAUCUCUUCAUUCAUGCAUUGACCCAGUAAUGAAUCUCUCACAUACACAAGACACACAGCGUUGUCAUUUUCUCUGAGUCUGUUCUCUCGGUCUUAAUCUCAUCAGUACAGAGGGCCUGUACAGUUCCUUAUGUUCAUGUGUUGUGUCCUUUAAAGAAGGCAAAAACUGAGUAAUAACUGUUACAGAACAUAAAUGAACUAAAACGACUAGUAUUGAUACAUAAAUCGAUUGUGUGUUUUUGGUUAAUUAAAUAAAGAAGCAAUUGGAAAACAAAAGCUGCCGUCUCUGUCUUUCACUUCCUCAGUACAGGCAUAAGAAAUUAAAGCUGCAGUCUGUCAAGUGCUUCUAUAUCUAUAAUGAUACAUGAAUGUCAAAUAUGCCUUACACCAAUGUAACCAAAUACAUUAUUCGGAAUGAACAUAUAUGUUCUAAACAGAUAUGAUUUUUUUUAGAAAGCUUGCCAGAAAGGUUCAUAGGGCAUCUGCU